UUGUCAGAGUAAAGUGUUUUACAAAUAAGAAUUUGGCUGUAAAGGCAUUCGCCAUGCCCCUCCUCAUCCGUCCUUCCCAGAGUUUUUUAUUGAGUUUUUUCGCAUUUCCGAUGAGCAGUGAAUGUGGCACAACUUUUCCAUGUUGUUGCAGCCGCAGCUCUUUUUCAGGCAAGUAAAAGGCUGGAGAAUUGUGUUCAUUCAGUUCCGUCUCCAAACCUAGCUAUUAGUUUGGCGUGUUCAGCAGAAGCUACGGUCAAUGUGUGUCGUAGUUCAGCCUUAUCGGUCCAACAGGGGACACAUUUAGUGCAGCACGCACCUAUCUUCCGGUUGGAAACAGUUUCUGCAGCUGCCACAGCUCCCCCCAUGCAUGAUCUAUCGGAGACGGAGAGAUUACUGCCUCUGUCUGUGCCCGCGUGGAUCCGUCGUUAUCAUAGAGGCUCCUUGAACGCUGAAGGGCCGGAGCAGCUUUAUUUUUCAUCAUGGUGAACCAAGUUCAACAGGUUGAUGGCUGCUGGCAGUCAAGUAAAGGUGACUCGAGCGGAGCCAGCAACAGUAGCGGGGAGAGUUCCAAGGAGAGCUCCCGAUGCUCCACACCAGUGGUCGACUCUGAUCGCUCUGACCGACUGCGGGAAAAGAUAAGGAAGAGGAUUGAUUCCGGAGAUCAGUGGUUCUCUCUGGAGUUCUUCCCUCCUCGCACAACAAGUGGGGCUGUCAACUUAAUCUCAAGAUUUGACCGUAUGGGCUCUGGAGGACCUCUCUUUGUUGAUAUCACCUGGCACCCAGCAGGAGACCCAGGCUCAGACAAAGAGACUUCAUCCAUGAUGAUUGCCAGUACUGCAGUGAACUACUGUGGCCUGGAGAGUGUCCUCCACCUGACCUGCUGCAACCAAAACAAGGAGAAGAUCACAGGCUACCUGGCUAAAGCAAAGCAUCUGGGCCUGAAGAACAUCAUGGCUCUAAGAGGAGAUCCAGUGGGAGAUGACUGGGAGAACGAGGAAGGAGGCUUUAGCUACGCCAUUGACCUUGUUAGACACAUUCGAUCAGAGUUUGACGAAUACUUUGACAUUUGUGUUGCUGGCUACCCAACAGGCCACCCUGAGGCAAAAAGCUAUGAACAGGAUCUCCGGCACCUGAAGGAGAAAGUGGAUGCUGGGGCAGACUUUGUCAUCACACAGUUGUUCUUUAGGGCUGACACGUUCCUGACGUUCCUGGAUGACUGCAGGGCGAUCGGCAUCACAUGUCCCAUCCUACCUGGAAUCUUCCCCAUCCAGGGAUACCAGUCUUUACGUCAGCUUGUCAAGCUCUCUAAACUUGAAGUACCAGAGGAGAUCACCAAAGUCAUUGAACCCAUUAAAGAUAAUGAUGCUGCUAUCCGGAACUAUGGAAUCCAUCAGGCAGUGAGGAUGUGUCGUGUCCUGCUGGAGAGUGGAAAGGUACCAGGCCUCCACUUCUAUACGCUGAAUCGAGAAGUCGCAACCAUGGAGGUCCUCCGACAGCUGGGCCUCUGGAUAGAAGACCCCAGACGUCCUCUGCCUUGGGCUGUUAGUGCAAAUCCCAAACGGAAGGUGGAGGAUGUCCGACCUAUUUUCUGGGCCUCAAGACCAAAGAGCUACAUCUACAGGACCCAGGACUGGGACGAGUUCCCCAACGGCAGAUGGGGAAACUCAUCAUCUCCUGCUUUUGGAGAGUUAAAUGACUACUACCUGUUUUACUUAAAAAGUAAAUCCUCUAAGGAAGCACUUCUGCAGAUGUGGGGAGAGGAACUAAAGAACGAAGAAAGUGUCUUUACGGUCUUCACAUGCUACAUCACAGCCCAACCAAACCAAAAUGGACAGAAGGUGAUGUGUUUACCCUGGAACGAUGAGCCUUUAGCCUCAGAGACCAACUUUUUGAAAGAUGAGCUCGAGAAGGUUAACAGGCGUGGAAUCCUCACCAUCAAUUCUCAGCCCAACAUCAACGGCAAACCUUCCACAGACCCUGUAGUAGGCUGGGGACCUCCAGGUGGAUAUGUCUUUCAAAAGGCCUACCUGGAGUUUUUCACCUCCAGUGAAAAUGUCACGGCCCUCCUGAAAGUCCUGAAGAAAUAUGAGCCACGUGUCAACUAUCACAUUGUUAAUGUGCAUGGGCGUAACAUGACCAACGCACAUGAAAUGCAGCCUAAUGCAGUGACGUGGGGCAUCUUCGCAGGCAGAGAGAUUGUCCAGCCCACUGUAGUAGACCCAGUCAGCUUCAUGUACUGGAAGGACGAGGCCUUUGCUUUGUGGAUCGAACAGUGGGGCAAGCUCUAUGAAGACGAGUCGCCGUCACGAAUGAUCAUCAAGUAUAUCCACGAUAACUACUUCCUGGUCAAUCUUGUUGACAAUGACUUUCCUCUCAAGAACUGUCUGUGGCAGGUCAUUGAUGACAUGUUCGAGCUCCUUCACGCUCCGCCAGAGCUGCUUAGCGAUGAAACUGCUUUAGAAUAAACUGUGGCAUUUAAAAAAUACUUUAGGAAAUAAAUAAUUCAACAGAUCCUUUCAUAUUUUACAACUUUUAUUUUAUUAAAGUGGCUUAGUAAAAUGCUGAUGUAUUUAACUAAAUUUGAAAAUGAAAGAUUCUUAACAAGUGUACUAUUUCAGUUUAAAAAGAAAUGCAGCACGGUUUAGGAUCCUGCAUUGAUGGAAAGCAACACCACAGAGAUAAAAUAUAAAAUCAAAGAAAGGAAUAGAUAAAAUUCUAUUUUGUUCAUGUAGCAUAAAUUCAUAACAAAUGUAGUCUCAAGGCAAACAAGACAAACAAAUCCAGUUUAUAUACAGAAAUAUGUAGUCAUCUCAGUCCAACCUUAUAUAGACAGAAUCAGUGUCACUUACAUACAUUCCAAUUCUAUCCUUGUUAUAAAGCAUUGGAGUCAAGUGGAGUUUAUGAUGCACAUUGGUUAAAAAAGGUUUUCUGUUAAGGAAUCCCAGUCAGUUGUGUCAAGUUACUGACAGACAGCAAUCCCUUCUGAAUGAACAUGUAGCAAAAGUGGAUUGAUAGAAAAUCUAUUGGAUGAAAAGAAGAGAACAUAUAGUUUGUUAGAGCAAUAGCUCCUUCAUUUGCUUUGACUGGAAGAGAGACAGGGCCAGCCAUUAACAUAUUUAAAUAGGCAGCCUGAGUUAUGGGCAGCAAAAGCUCAGCCGAUGGCCCCCUCCUGGAAAGUGUCACAGCUAAGCAAAACAAAAUAUAAAUACCAUAAAAAAAUAAGGUGAUAUAAAAGAACAAAUACAGAAAUAUAAACAAACUAAAAGAUGCACAACUAAAAGAUUUUAAAAUAAUUUUCUACAUGUAAAUGUAUUUUAACAAGUUGUCUCUGAUUGUCAUUUUCUAUAUUCAGUUCAAUUACAGUUUGUUCGUAUAGAACCCAAAUUACUAGUAUCAUGUCAAGGCAUGUUACAAGACAAAUGGGUCCAAUUUAUAUACUAUAUACUGAAUAUAGUAUUUUAAAUACUAUAUAGUGAUGGUAUAGUG